CUUCGUGCUUAGCCUUCCUUUGCAUCUGACUCUGCUCCCGGUUAUGAAUGUGAUUCCUUCCAUGGCAGACCCAUGAGCUAAUCCUCUGAAACCGAAGUUAUAAUCAUUGUGUUGCUGAAUAAGUCAAUUCCGAGUAAAAUGGGUCAACCUGUUUCUAUCUCUCUUUACUGCAAAAUAAGUUAUACCAUAAGUAGUUCAUUACCAGUUAAAUUUUUUUUAAAAAAAUAUUUAUUUAAAAAAAUUAUUUUUGAAAUAAAUGACCUGAUGUUCAGCAUUUUUCUGUUGGAGUAAAGAAAUUUUUAUUGCAUUUAAUUCUCCUUAAGCCAGCAACCAAAUGUAGUUAAUGUUUAAAUUUGCACUUCUGCCCCAGGCUCGUGAAAACAAACAGCAAGAUUGAUUGAAACUUUAGGAUUUAGUGCUGUGAAGCGAAUGCUUGAAAAAGUAUGGACGCAAGCAAGACUAUUUCCCAGGAGAGUGUGAUACACAUCAGACUUUGAGAGUUGUGUCAGGCGGCGCCGGUCUAUUUAUGUCCGGAGCCCCGAUCUCCAGCCCAAUGAGGCAAUCAAAACGGCGGGCGGUUCCUGAUGCGCGACGAUGCCGCUACCAUUCCCGCCAUCGCCACCCCGACUUCCAAACAUUUGAAUUCCCUGUUCCCUCUCUGCCAUUCUCUCCGCCUCCUCCGGCAGGUUCACACUCGGAUCCUCCUCCAUGGCCUUCACCUCUCCGUCUUCUUCGGCUCCCGCCUCGCCCACGCCUACUUCGCCACCGGCUCCCCGCAGGAUGCCCGCCGGGCAUUCGACCAAAUCCUCGCCAAGACACCCCAUUCCUGGAACACUAUGCUCUCCGGCUACUCCAAAACCCACAACCUCUCCGAAGUGCUGCAGCUUUACAAGCUCUCUCGCGCCGAGGGUAGCAGGCCGGACAGCUUCAGUUUGGCCUUUGCUGUACGGGCUUGCAUGGGACUCUCUGUUCUUGAACUGGGGAGGUCAAUUCACUUGGAAGCCAUACGAUCAGGUCUGGAGACGGAUGAAUUCGUCUCCCCUCCUCUCAUCGAUAUGUACCUUGAAUUUGGUUAUUUGGAAGAAGCCGAGAAAGUCUUUGAUCGAGUUCCUGUUGGGAUUUCCCUUGUUUGGGGUCUCAUGAUGAAAGGGUACUUGAGGGAGUCCAUGGAAGUUGAGGUGUUUGGUUUAUUUGAUAGGAUGAAGGAGUUGGGAAUCGGAUUAGACCCUUGUUCGGCAAUAUGUCUGGCUCGGGCUUGCGGAAAUGUUGGCGCUGCUAAAGAGGGACGAGUGAUUCAUAGCUUCUGCAUUAAAAAGAACUUUUUGGAUUCUAAUGUCUAUAUGCAGACCUCACUUGUUGAUAUGUACGGGAAGAGUGGUUUCAUGGAUUUUGCACGGAGAUUGUUCGAUGAAAUGCCUCACAAGGAUGUCGUGUCUUGGAGCUCAAUGAUUGCUGGUCUGGCUCAAUCUGGGAGAGCGCAUGAGUCUCUGUUGGUUUUUCAAGACAUGCUGGGAAACUUGAUGGUGCCGAAUGAGGUGACUCUUGCCAGCGUUCUUUUGGGUUGCUCGCACUUGGGAGCCUUGCAGCAAGGGAAGAGCGUCCAUGCAUACAUGGUCAGAAAUGAGGUUGAAUUGGAUGUUGUGACUAACACAGCUCUCCUUGACAUGUAUGCUAAAUGUGGAUCUAUGGACUUGGCAUGCAAAGUGUUUAAUGCAAUGCCUGAAAGGAAUGUCUUUUCUUGGAGUGCGAUGAUUGGAGGGUUUGGGAUGCAUGGAAUGUGCAAGAAAGCGCUUGCUCUUUUUGAUGAAAUGAGGUCUGGGAAUCUUGUGCCCAAUUCUGUAACAUUUGUCUCAGUACUAUCUGCAUGUGGCCAUUCAGGUAAGGUCCAAGAAGGGCAGUUGUACUUUGAGUCCAUGUAUAAGGACUAUAAAAUUACUCCAAAGAAUGAGCAUUACUCAUGUAUGGUUGAUCUCUUAGGCCGAGCAGGGCUAAUCGAGGAAGCUGAGUCGUUGAUCAAGGAAAUGCCACAGGAGCCUAGUGCUAGUGUGUGGGGAGCUUUACUGGGUGCCUGUAGAAUUCAUAAACGGGUGGAAUUAGCUGAGCAAGUGGCCAACAAACUCUUUGCUUUGGAGCCUGAUCGGCCAGGUGCCCAUAUAUUGCUUUCAAAUAUCUAUGCUGCAGCUGAGAUGUGGGAUAUGGUGAGGAAGACAAGAGAGAUGAUAAAUGAGAGGGGAUUGCAGAAAACAGUUGGUUUCAGCACAAUUGAAGUUGAUAAAAGGGUUUAUUUAUUUAAUGCUAUGAAUGGAAGGGACCGCCAGCAUACAAGGAUUAUAGAGCUUUGGCAUGUGCUAACUAAUCAAAUGAAAGAACUAGGUUAUGUACCAGAUCUAUCCUUUAUACUUCAUGAUGUGGAUGAUGAGGCAAAAGAGGAGAUGCUUGGUGGUCAUAGCGAAAAGAUGGCAAUAGCUUUUGGGCUUCUGAAAACUAGAGAUAGGAUGCCCUUUAGGAUAACAAAAAACUUGAGAGUUUGUGGAGAUUGCCACACUGCAAGUAAGAUUGUGUCUUUGAUUACAAAGAGGGAGAAUAAUAAUGAGAGAUUCGAAGAGAUUUCAUCAUGUUAAAGAUGGUGUCUGCUCAUGUGGAGACCAUUGGUGAUAAAUUUCCACCUCUUGUACUUCAUAUAGUUUCCAUUUAACAAAAUGACAUGAAUUCAUUUUUUUCUUGGCAGUCUCAUUUGCUAAAAUUUGAUUGUAAUCAUCAGUAAAUGCUUGAAAAUUUUUGUUCCAUUAUAUUUUUCCCAUUUUGUAAUGUACA